GCCGCGUACUUCGCGACUUCUCGGGAGCGCGUCGUGCGCCUUCAACGCCUUCAACCUUCAACAGUUGUCGAGUGCAGCGCCCCCGCUGCUGUCGGACAGCGCGUGUCAGGUCAGGCCCAGAUGGUCGGGAGUCGGGAGGCGAGGUCGCUUCACUGGCUUCACCACCACUACUGCGUGAAGUUGCAGCGUUGGGAGCAUAAGUUUGCCAGAUGCACAUGGAGUUGCAGUGGGUUUAUUUAAAUUGUUUAAAUUCUCUCGCGGUGCCCAUCAACUUAUGAUAGGUGAUGCUGCGAGAAAACUUCACAGCAUGGAUAACAGCAGCAAACGUCUGUGCAUGAAGACUGUGCUUGCCGUCUGCAUUUUGGUAACACUUGUGGGCUUUUUAGUUGUCGGUUACUGGUGUCCGCAGGGUGUGUGCGUUUCUCCGAGACCUCUUCCACGAACUCGAACUCGAGUGAAGCAUGUCGCAUCCGAUAGCAUGGGGGAACCCCUGUCUUUUCUCUCGCACCCACUUCACGCUGGCUCGCAAUUUAGGAGUAGACUUUCCUUUGACGACAUGCUGAGGGACGACUUUGAGUUUGACAUGAAAGGGUCAGACGUUAUGGUGUUCCUUCAUAUUCAGAAAACUGGUGGGACAGUUUUUGGCCGACACCUAGUGCGAGACUUGGACUUGCAGAAACCCUGCGAAUGUGAAAAGGGCAGGAAACGGUGCAAGUGUUUCAGGCCAGAUUCGGACGGGAAGUUGUGGUUGUUUAGUCGGUAUUCGACGGGAUGGAAGUGCGGCUUGCACGCCGACUGGACAGAGUUGACAAGUUGUGUCGAUGCAGCGAUGGAUCGCACCGAGAAGACGUCUGCCAAGCGAAGGUAUUUCUACAUCACCCUACUGCGUGAACCUGUGGCGCGCUUCCUGAGCGAGUUCCGCCAUGUGCAGCGCGGUGCGACGUGGAAAGGGGCACGCCACUGGUGUGGCGGUCGCUCUGCUACGUCGCAAGAGCUGCCUCCGUGCUACACUUCGGAAGACUGGAGUGAUGUCACACUCCAGGAGUUCGUCAGUUGCAACUCGAACCUCGCUGUUAACCGACAGACGCGCAUGCUGGCAGACUUGUCUCUCGUCGGCUGCUACAACCGGUCCGCACUUCCCGCGCACGAACGAGACCUCCUCCUCCUCGCCAGCGCGCAGGAGAACCUCCGGCGGAUGGCGUUCUUCGGCCUGUGCGAGCAGCAGCGCAAGUCCCAGUACGUAUUCGAGCGCACCUUUCGGCUGCGCUUCCUCCGCCCCUUCACGCAGAUCAACGAGCUGCACAGCUCCGCCGCCAUCGGCGCAAUGUCUCCGCAAGACGUGGAGCGAAUUCGACGGCUCAAUUACCUCGACGUGCAGCUCUACGAAUAUGCGAAGGGCCUCAUGGAAGAGAGGUACAAACGGAUUCGGGAACGGGAUCCGAGCUUCGAGUCCGAGGACUUCGACGCGCAGUUGAACGAAGAGGAUGCGUACACGCUACCACCGUUUAGGUAGGGGAUAUUUUCGUGUGUGUGUGCGCGGAUGCUUGUUGUGUAAAGUGUUAGUCAGCGAGGGAGUGAGGAAAAUACUAUAGUUUCGUGCUCGUUAGGGACUGUACAGUCUGACGAGGAGCCUGUCGUAGUCAAUGAGAAUCUGUGGCAGUUGUUGGAGCGGAAACACUACGCACUGUUAAGGGUCCAAGCCUUUUGAAUUAGAAUAGUGCGUUGGGAAAGUGUGUCUUGCCUCACUACCUGUAUUUUUACAAGCUCACUUCGAAGUGUCUUCGUGAUCUCGCGAUAGAAUGGAGACUUGAUUCUUGCAUUGUACGCGGUAUGCAGAAGACAGUCUUGAAGCUUGUGAGAGAGAAAAAAAAAACAAAGCAAAACAACUUAGGCUCCCUUUUCAAACGCUAAUAACUUUGUGAUGGGAAUGAGGGCAGUACCUUUCUGCUGCAUGCAGGUGAGCGGUCACGCGGAACAGUGAAUUAAUUGACUGACUAAUUAAUGACGGUGUGCAAAUUAAAAUAUUAUUGAACAGGAAGAGAUUAGUAGUAUAAUUUAAAAACAAAAUCUUGCUCUAGGAGUUACAAGUGCUCCGCAGACAACAUUUCCGGCUGUCUACAUUGCAGAAGUAUAGGUUCCAGACCUGGUAAUCUGCAAUAACAUUGUGGAAGAUUUUAAUUUAUUCCUUUUAUUUUGUGAAAUUUAUUUUUCGUCUUCUCUAAGUACAGAAAAAAAAAAAGAGCAUUUGCAUUUAAUUUGUUUCUGGUUUUAUUCAAUGAAACAACUUAUUUCUUCUUCUGGCUUUGCUGCUUACAAACAUACAGACAAAGAAGCUGCUCAGUAAAACAUACAACGUAUGUCAUCUGCAUCAACGGAAGAUACACAUGAGUAAGAAAAUCAUUAACACACAGCAACAAAAACAAAUUCAACAAUCAUCGAAACAAUCACAAAAACAAAUUACAUGAGUAAACACAAGCAAUGUGGAAAGUAACUGUUAUGAAGCACAUGCUGUCCAGAUCCUAAGAAAUUGAAUUGCAACACCAAAAACUGAUUUUUUUUUUCUCUUUUUUCAUUUUCUCAAAAUUUCCUUUAGUCGUGUACACUCCUAAGUCAGCAUUCUUUUCUAUGAUGUUUUGUGCAGUACAGCUGAUCAGAACAGGGAUUAGUGCACUAUAGUUAAAAUUGUUUUACCAUAUUACGGUGCUUCACUUGGGCCCAAGUAACUUGGUUUUCACUAGUGCUUGCAAAAGGCACUGCUCUCUUUCUUCAUCACCCUGUAAAAUGUGCUGAAUUCGGUCUGACUAACAAGCUUCCUAUGCAUCAGAUCUUCCCUCAACGCUAUCUAUCGCUUCAAUUUAUGGCUUCCUGUCUGCUGAGCAGGGCGUCUUCUGAAAAGGGGAGCGACACUCUUUUAUUUGCCAAUGCCGUAGCCUUGAAACCGGAUUGGUACUGUAUUGAGUGGAAGGGACUUCCUUUUUUUUCUGUUUCAUGUUAUCCCAGCUGCUGCCCAAAGAUUGUGUUACAUCGUGUUAAAAUGCUAUAUUCUAAUAUACUGCAGUAAUUCUAUGCUACCUUUUACAUUUACAUUUUAUAUGAAUUUUUUAAAGAAAAUUACCUUUCAGUUAUAUUUUGCUCAUUUUAAGAUAACCUUAUGAUUGAGAUUUACACUUUAUGUUAAUAUUUGAUGUCUUUGUUCGCAUUUACCACUUAAUGAACAUCCAAGUACCUCUUUUGCUGGAAAAUUGGCCAGUGGUUUCCCCUGGCAAUGCCCCAGUUUUAUGUGCAGGCCACAAAAAUAGUGCAGUUGAGCUCGGGUGAACGUUUUUCGUGUUCAGUAUUGUAGCUGUACAGAUGAAGGAGAUAUGUCAAUACUGAAUAGGUGCACUUGUCGUCGCAAUAGGUCGUCUGCAUGACGUUUCUGUUGUGCACUGUUAUGAAGCUAGUCCUCGGAUGUUGUUCAUGUGUUCGCUUGAUUAAACAUUGACGAAGACCAAAGAGGCAUGGUGUAUAGGCAACGGCUAGUUAUUGCUUGAAGUAGGGCACACACAAUAAUGUAAGCCUAAGUAAGCACUAAGUAAUAUAAUGUAAUUCAACUUCGAAAUUGUCUUUGUAUAUCAGAAAUGAAGCCUUAAAGCCAAUGUCAGGACAACAAAAAUCGAAAGUUAAGAAAAAUCGUUAUCACAUGCUUUCUUAUAAUGCUAAUCGUCACUGUACAAAAUACUUCAAUAUUAAAUUUGCAGCCAAUUAUUUAUUAUCAAAUUUUAUAGCAAAUGCUUUGACUGCAGUGACGUCAUCAUCUACAUCUGGAUAUCGCUUUGGCAGGCAAGCCCUAGGUUCGAGACGAAACAUGCAGAUUACAUCUUAUCAUAUAUCAAAACAGUCCUCAAUCAACUUCAUCUUAGUCACAUGUCCUGUAGGGAGUACGCAAAGUCGCAACAGCUCAUGUACGCCUCCGUAAAAUUGAGACUGGAUACGAACAUGUUGUCAGUUUUUCUUGUUAUGUCACAAAUAAGGACGCUCUGCUGGAUAAACCUCGCAGAUCCAAUUCUAGCCUUCACAUCACUUGACAGCUCUGGACAUGUCACUUUAAUGGUCUUUAAUGGUAAAGGUUAACCUCAUGUUUGACUGGCGUAUUUUGCACGUGAACAUGUCAAAAAUGGUUGAAACGACGUAGCUGUACCAGGUUCUCCCCGAGUGGAUGUGUUUAGUUACCCUUUCUAGCCAUACCUAAAGAAGUAAACAAAAUCCAUCUCGCUCAUCUACACGCUCAACGAAACUGUAGAGUCUAGAUUUCCAGCGUCAGUACCGACGUCUACUUUUCGUCCCUGAGGUGACAGGUGGGAAAUUUGCCCCCCUCCCCCGUAUUCGUGCUCCCCAAAAGUUGUCUUUUUUUGCGCCCCUUUUGUCUUUUUUUUAGGGGGGGGGGCAGUCGCGUCACUGAGCUUGCCCUGCCCUGUAGACGCCGGCCCUGGCUCACGUGUUGGGUACGGGCAGUACGGUUCACAGCAGAAGACACACGUGCACCUUGAAAUGGUAACCCCUUAUUUCGGGGAGGGACAUUGGUGAGCUGCACAAACAGCCGACCUGCUUGCAUCACGUAUUUCCAGCUAUCUGGGUCCGACGGGAGAAAAAUUAGAAAAAUUUAAAAAGCAGCAAUGUGAUAGCACCCCCCAAGCUAUGAUGCGUGGUUGAAUGCUGGACAUGUUUUUAUGCAAAAGUUGGAAAACAAAGGAUGUGCAGGCCACUUUGAUGUCAUGUCAGUGUACGUUUGCCUGUCGUUGUCAGCUACUAGCUACAGUGAUGAAUAUAAUCAACCGCAGAUUCAAUAGCAGGCAUGCAGGCAUUUGUAUGUUGUAUUGUUUAUAUGCAUAUCAAAACAGUGCUUUACCAAGAUCCCCCCUCCCUCCCUCCCUCCCUCCCUCCCUCCCACCCAUGUUAGGGUGACAACCCCCUCCUUUUCUUUCCUGUGCACCCCCUACAGGGGAACACAAGUAGUGCACUAAAAAAUGCCGAAUGAGAGUCGGAUGUCACACCGUGCUCAUGCGUCCUCUAUCUGCCAGUUGUCCCAGCGAUUAAGCUGUCUGAGAAAAAAGUAUCCCAUUAAAUGUAAACACAACAAAUGUAACGCAUGUAACGUAACAUCACAUAGAGUCUCAGUAGAAUAAUACUGUGCGAACAGGCAAUGUAGAAUGAAAUAUGAAACUUCUUGUGGAGCUGUCAAGGUCAUUGGUGUUUCCAUUACGUACAACUGCACACCGGACUCUACUUAAUUUGUGUUUGUACGAGCGACACCCACACGGAAUGUUCUAGUGGAAGAAAGAGCUAAAAAAAAAAGCUCAAACGACGGAAGUUCCGACACCUAUUUUGUUGUGCGUUUACACAGCACCAGAAUAUUGGAACUGUCGUACCGCACACAUAGCAAACGACACUGUGGGCCCUGUCGUCUGCUACGGAAUAUCUUGUGGCUGAAGCGCAGGGCAUAGUAGAAGAGCAUGAAAGGGAAAUUUAGUAAAUUUAGUGGAAAAGUUGGAUGAAAGACUACAGUGAAACAUUAAUGUGCUAACGACAGUCCAUUGUACUGGUCUAACUGGUCUACUCCUGGCAAAUGACGUUUAUCGCACAUAUCUAUCAUUAGGUUAAUAAUUUUUAUUUAAAAACUGUGCAAUGCUAAACAUCACUCCAGUGUAUCUUUGCCAUCGUGCGAGAAGACAUUUCUGCAGUUUUGAACUGCAGAAAUGCAGUUGCUUGCUUGUCUUCUAGAACUAAACUCUGGAGCCUGCCUAGUGACACACACCUUUUAUGAAAAAAAAAGCUAAUGAGCAGGAGCCAUUUUUACCUGUUUCCACCAUAACACACUUAAUUUUUCUCAAACUACAAUAAUGCUCUUAGAGUGGAAUGUGCCAAGCUUAUACCAUUUGCACCAAUGAUUUCUUGCAGGAAAUGCAUUCACUCAACUAAAGGUGGUGUUGGGUACAGUCUGAAAAGAUCAUUAGGAUAGAGUUGAAGUCGCGGCAAUGUGGCUCUCAUACGGUGGCAAAAGUAGAUAAUCGCAAUCUACGAUUGACUGCACAUUGUUAUGCCAGGAUGGCAGUUAUAUCUGUAAUUACAAUUCAGUUGCUCAUUACACGGAACACUGCGCGUAGUGAUAUCUGAAUAAGUUCCUGAGAUCUUAGCUCGAAUGAUCAUAUCAGCCAAAUGUAUCUUUCCUGUCUUCGUUUAUUUUUUUCCCUUGUUUUUCUCUCUUUUUGCUGUACCCUCAUGUGAAAUGCCUUCCUGGUCUCCCCACUGUGUGUCAUAUCUGUUUGUCGCUUCUUAGCGUCCUUGUAACGGAUUGUACUUUCCUGAAGUGAAAUACUCCUUGUUUGAAAAACUAUCCCUGUAAUCUUAGUACAAAUGAACUGUGUCCCAAUUGUGAUAAUUACAUACCAGUAGGCUUAUAGCACAGAAGAUUUCGAAAUAUAUUUUUGUAACAUGCCACGGGAAGGUAGCACGACGCAAGAUAAAGAACCUUGUUACACGAUGAUACAUAGGAACGUGUGUGUAGGUAUUUACGGAGAACUGUUUGCCACUCCUGUAUGAACUCCUUUGUAAUAACGCAGCACGCUUGAUUUUUUUCUUUUCUUUUUUUUUCUGGUUACUAUUGUACAAAAGCGACACAACUUUGCAGUAGCAUUGUUUGGUGGACUGUGCUUUGUGUCUGCUAGCGUGCCGGCGUAUGACAUUGCAUAUGACCUGCAAAACCCUGUUUAUGCUGUGUGUCUUCCCACGUUAUAGGACAUCACGCCUUCUCUCAUUAUGCACUGUAAGCACUGAAAAAAGAAAAUGAAACAUUGUCGGCUUUCUCAAAGCAUCCUAUGCAGCUUUUCAAAGCAGACUACAACUGAAGUCCGCGGUUGCACUCGCUACGCUGAAAAUAGGAAUCCGAACAAGGUUCUACAGUGCCCCCCUGUUGGUACUUGGCAUUGGGGGAACCACCAUAUCAUGGCAAACAGGCUUAGAUUACCAGUGCGCAGUUUAUAACUGCAUAUCUUGACAUGCAUUGCACAUAAUCUUUGCAGGUCUUGUGCAUAUCUUCUGUCAAACCCAUAGCAAUGUACAUCUGGAGGUGCUGCUGUGCCAGACAGAUAUAGAAUUGAGCACAUCGCUAUCAAUAGUUCCUGUAUUUAUAUUAUUAAGAGUGAGGUGCAAAAAAUUGGCACAAACCCCAAUGUGUUGAUAUUGUUUAUUAAAAUGUACAUUAAUGAAUUUUAAGUUUUCCAGGUUCCUCAGUAGAAAGUAAUGUUUUGCCACAAUGCAGCGCUUUGUUUUUAAACGUGUGGACUUCUUGAACUUCACAUAGCUGCUUUACAAAACUGGGUUUUUGUAGAGCAACCAAUGGCUGCUAGUGAAGCUGAGUAACCUCAUUCAAUAUUGUUUUGUGGUUCCCUUAUUUCUGUAAAUUGGUACCAGUACUGCUUCCUAGCGAAGAAGGCAAAUAUAAGGUCUGCUACCAAAGGGUUCAACUCAGUGUAGGAUCUCUGACUAGAGCGUUAUCAUCUUGUGUUUGUGCCAUAUGACUGAAUUUGCGAUGAUCCUUGUUGUGCCUGACUUUCAAUAUUAGGUGUAGCAGCAUACUGUGCUCUGUUUUGUAUGCAUAAUUGUGCCAUGGCACCAUGUAGUCAUGAUGUUUACAUAUUCAGUGUUGUACCCUAUUUUCAUUUUUAUUUUGCGCCACAGAGGUGUUUGCCAUAUCACGUAUGUUUUUAAAAGCAUUUAUAAGCAUCAACACAGGUAUGCAAUAAAGUAGAAAUCUGUGUA